UUACUGUCUCCUUCGUCUCUUUGCAGAGUGGUCAGUUCUGUAUAGAAAGACGCCACUGGCAAAGAGCGUAUUCUACAAUUUGAUCUCGUGAUUUUUGUCGGCCCCUUUAUAUAUAUAUAUAUAUAUAUACACACACAUAUAUAUAUAUAGGAUACAAUUUUCGGCUCUUUUAAUCAUUACAUUAUGAAAAUUCACUUUGCAAAAAAGGAAGAUGCAUCAAAAUUCUGGAGUGAAGAGAGGGAAAAUGGCGCAGUGUACAAUGUCUACUUGAAGAAAGUCACAUAUAAGAGUGCUACAGAUUUGGAAUAUGAACAGAGUAGGGAGUUUUCACACCUCAUGUGGGAGACACAUAAAGUACGAGUUAUCAAGUCUGGCACACUCAGUAAGUUGGUGGAGAGUUUGGUUACUGUGAAAGGAGAGAUGGACUCGUGUUAUGUGAAUGUCUUCCUGGCCACUUACAGGACCUUUGCUACCCCGCACCAGGUACUCAACCUACUCAUUGAAAGGUACAAGAUUCUCAAGUCUGAAGACAAAGAGAAAACAGAACUGCAUGAUGUACAGCUGAAAACAAUAAAGUCUGUGAUCUCAGUAUGGCUCGAUACAUAUCCAGAAGAUUUCCGAGAGGAUCCAGAUUAUCCAUGUCUGCAGAUGCUGGAGAAAUUUGCUCAAGAAUGUAUGGAAGACAGGGACCUGGCAUUUCGGGCCAAACACAAGGAGGAAAGAUUCCGGAAAGAAGCUCAGCAAAAUAGAGAUAUCAAAGUGGAAUUCCGAUUUUCUAUCUGCGAUGAAGUUGAUCACAUGAUAGAUUCAGAAUACCAUCCACCUUUGGAUUUUUUUGACAUCUCAAACCAACGUUUUGCAGAGCAACUCACCUGUAAAGAUGCUUUUUUGUUCCGUAAAGUCAUCCCCCACCAUUGUCUGGGUGCCGUAUGGGCAAGACGAGACCGAAAGAGCGGUCGGGAGCCACCAACUGUCUUAGCUACAAUUGAACAAUUCAAUCGUGUUUCUCUUCGAGUCACAGCAACCAUUUUGAAACAGUCAGAGCGAAAGGCUGCACGGGUCCGAGUCAUCACGAAAUGGAUAGAAAUUGCUAUGGAACUUCGAGAUCUUAAAAAUUUUUCCUCCCUCAAAGCCAUUAUCUCAGGACUUCAAGCACAUCCUGUUUAUCGACUACGGAAGACCUGGGCCGCUGUCCCAAAAGAAACUCUUGCCCUCUUUGAAGAAUUAUCAGAGCUUUGUUCCGAAGAAAACAACCAAAUUGCCUCACGGGAAAUUCUAAUGAAGGAAGCAACUGCCAAGUUCCCUGAUUUAGAGUGUAGCAACAAGACACUGAAGAAGAAGAACAUGUUAAAACGACAGUCUUGGAUUGAGAAGGGUAUCAUCCAAGGAACUGUCCCCUAUUUGGGUACGUUCUUGACUGACCUCACAAUGAUGGACACAGCGAUGCCUGAUGUCACAGAAAACAUUCAGAUUAACUUUGAGAAAAAACGCAAAGAAUUUGAAGUUCUUGCCCAAAUCAAACUGCUACAGUUGGCUGCCCAGAUUUACCAUUUCAAAGACGACACACAGUUUUGGUUAUGGUUUGAUGCCAUCAGAGUGUAUGAUGAAAAUGAAAGCCAUGAUCUGUCUUGUAUAAUUGAACCUCCAACAGAUGAAGUCAAGAUUAAAAAGAAAUCAGCCAGUUUGGGUCAUAAACCAAGCAAGUGGGACACUGCAAAACUACCUCAGUUUGUGUGCACCCACGACGAUGGUCUCAGUGUAACCAGUUUGUCCGAUUCACCAGUCUCUGUGUCAACAGGACCCCUUGUUGGCUUGAGUUGCCUUAACAGUGAUCUGGAGAUGAGGACACCAGUGAAAAACGAAGCCAUCAAGUACAGUGCAUGCUUCCCCCUUGUUGUAUCACUGCUGCCAACCAAAGUGGCCAAUGGAAGCCCCGUGCCUCAAAACCCUGCCGUCGCAAAGAUAUCUCAUUCCUCAUCUGCAUCAUCACUUCUAUCAUCAGAUAGCGAUGUCACAUCACCAUAUCGUUUCCCUGAUUCUUGUAUCAUUAAAGUCAGUGUACAGACUGAAGAAAGUAGUGGAACUCACGUGUAUAAAAGUAUUAUGCUCUCAAACACAGAUCAUACCCAUACUGUCAUCAAAAAAUCUUUGGAAAAAUACUCAAUAGAACGAUGCCAAGAAGAUUUCACCCUGUCUCAAAUACUUCCCGACAAAGAACUGUUGAUACCAUCGAAAGCCAAUGUGUUCUACGCUAUGAACAACAACAACCCCAACUCAGACCUGAACUUUGUGGUGCGAACUAAGUCCUGCCAGGAGGCGUUGAGUAAGAAGCGCAAGUCUCGUGGCAAACUGAAGAAACUGAGUUUGUGAAAGAGGAUAAGUUUCUGCUGCUGUAACCACAGCAGCAGCAGCAACAGCAACAGCAGCUACAGCAGCAUUGUGACAGAUGAAAGGAGUAAAUUAUAAGAAUGGGACAGUUUUAAACAGUUAAAUCAUGGAACUGUUUGAAUGUGAAAUAUAUGUUGCAACUUUGAAAUCUAAAUUGACCUCCAUUUGAAGCAUGGCAACAUUGGAAACUAAUCCAAGACCCAGACAGCCUACACUUCAAUACACACCAAAAUCACUUCCACAGUAUACCAAACUAUACUUCAACACUACACAACACCACACUUGUACAGUGUACCAUACUACAUUGAUACUAUAUACACUACAACCUGUGCUGCAUUACCUCUCCAUGUUCUAGUCUUACAAUGUUGUACACUCCACUUACACUCUGCUACACUACACUACACUAAAAUGCCACUCCAUUAUCUCAAGGCUGUCACACUGCAAUAUUUCAUCUCUUCUCUGCUCCAUACAACUGUUUACAUCACCAGCAGCCGUGCGGUCGUCAUCCAUUUGCAACAUCAAAAGACACACAGGUACUGCUUUCAGCCACGCCCAUUUCAUUCUGCUCCAGCUGGGCUGACCAAGGUGGUGAGAGGAGAGAUGGGUUGCCACACAACAUCAACCACCACCACCACCACCAACCACUACCACCACCCCACCAGUGUCCCCAUUGUCAAUAUUUGUAAUCAAAUUCACUGAACGGAACCGAACUGAACCAGUAACCCACCCUCACCUUCCAUGUCACCCAACACCUGUACCAAAAUCCUGGGCACCACCCUCUCACCACCACCACCACCACCACUGUCAAUACCGUCCUUACACCAAACCCUCCACACCACCACCAUCACCAACAUCAGCACCAUUACCAACACCACUGUCCCUGCCAACCAUCACCAGUAUCAUCAUCAUUGUCACCUCCACCACCACCAACGCCACCGCCUCCACAGUAAUUAAUGUUUCCUCUUGUAACUCACCUUCCUGACACCAGGUGGCAGCAGUAUUACUAAUAAGGGUGGUGGCUGAUAGGGACGCACCACCACCCCCACCACUAUGCCACCCCCACCCUUUAUGUUGUUUGUUGUUGUUGUUUAUGUACAUGCAGGAGAUGGGGAUGAUUGUAUCCUCACCAAACCUCCUUUGGUGGGUUUCUUUUUUUUUUUUAUAUAUAUAUAUAUAUAUAUGUAUUUAUUAUAUUUGAUUGUUGUCUCACCAUCUUGAAUCUGCUGCUAAAUCAGAGAUGAGAGAAAAGGGUGGAUGAGAGGUAACAGGGAGGAGCAGCUUAAUGAAUCCCACCUGAAACACUUCAUCUUGAAAAAUAUUCCCCCACCACCACCACCACCACCACCAUUUACACCAGCCAACAAGUAAGUGGGGAAAGGGAGUUGGGGAGGGGGUUCUAAGUGGUCACUUGGCCAGCUAAAAAUAACAACCAAAUCUCUCAAAUUACACUGUCAUUUUUGAGAAGUUCAAGGUCACAUUGAACAAUGUAGCCUUUACAUUCUCCCCCAAAAUUAGCAAGAGGGUCAUGGUUGGAAUGUCUUUGAUCAUAAUAUGGGUCUUUUUGAUCAGAGUUGACCUGGGGUUAAACAACAACCCUCACUGCUUUUCAAUUAUAAAUCUUACUCCUCCUCCCCCUCUCUCUCUCUGUCUCUCCCCUGUUCCUUGUUGUUUUACAAAUACAAAAGUCAAUAUCUGGACUCAAAUCUUUCAUUUCUUUCUUUCCAGCUCCUCUUGUAUUCUUCUUCACUCACCUUCUUCUCUAUUCUCCUUCACUUUGUAUAUUUAUUUAUCAGUAAUACGAAGGAGAAACAUCACUGCAUCACCAAAAUCAGAACACCCCCCUCACACAUUCAAUAUGUCAACCUCCUGUUCAUCAAAAGUGCAACUCACUGCUGGUCACCAUCCACCUCUGUCUGCCCAUCCACCCACACAAUAUCACAAGGUUCCACCUCUUCCUUUUUUUAAUUUUAUUUUUAAUAUUGCAACAUCUCAAAAAUAUUUACUAAGCUGCAUCUUGCUAUCACCUUUCUCCCUGUAAAAAUUACUGGUACAUAUUUUUAUAUAGACAUAUUUUUAUAGCUGACCUUAACAAAACGCUGAACUCAGAACCAGGUCUGGUGCUAUUUUUUCAUCUCUUUCCUUAAAUAAAUCUGACUAGAAAGACAACAACAAAAAGGAAGAGAAAAAAAAAUCAAAUCAAAGAAAAAUAAAAUAGAUGAAACAGUUCUUUGGAUUUUGGAUUCAAGGCUGUUCUGUGAAAGGUGAAUGUAGGAUUCUGUGAGGGUGGAAG